UCCACUUCCAACCCAGGGCGUUCUGGGUCCCCGCCCGCUUGCGAGUCACGUGAGCUGCCAAAAUGGCGACGCUGAGACGUGAGGUUGGUGCAAAUCUGAAAGAUGCAGGUGUGGUUCCUUUAGGAGCUGGGGAAGUGCCCAAGGACAUCGGGAUGGCAACAUAUACACAUGGUCAGCCCAGUCCUUCUGUAAGAGAUGCAAAACACAGAAAACCAAUGGUCAUCGAAAUCAUAGAAAAAAAAUUUGAAUAUCUUAGAAAAGAAAAGACCUUAAAUAUAUAUGGAACAGUUUUCCUUGGAACAACAGCUGGUUUCUCUGGAAUACUGACAAACUUUAUGUUCAGAUACUGCUUCAAUGUUAAGCAUGAUGUUUUCAAAACAUAUGCAUCAUUGACUACUCUUCCGUUUUUAUCUACUGUAGUUGCUUACAAGCUGCUUGUAACUGAUGCUUUGAAUUCAGGUAACAUAAGCCAGGAAAAUUGUGUCUUUAGAAGCUCACUGAUUGGCAUAGUAUGUGGUAUUUUAUAUCCCUGUGGUUUGGCUUUUACUAAAAAUGGACGCCUGGCAGUCAGGUAUCAUACAGUUCCAUUGCCACCAAAAGGAAGAGUUUUACUCCAUUGGAUACAGCUUUGUCAAACAAAAAUAAAAGCAAUGGUAAUUCCUCUAGUCUUUCAGGCAGUGUUUGGAACAUAUAUUGGUCUACAACAUUACUCAAUAUUCGAAAACACACUUGAAAAAGCUAUGCAUGAAGAUUAACCAAAGAAUGAGUAUGUGCUGACUCAGCGAUGUUAAUGAAUACUUGGAUAUUGUUGAAUAAAUUAAGUCACUCUGAACAGAU